AUGGCGGCGAUCGUCGUCGACGCUCUAGACGCGGGCUACUACGCAACGACAUGCCCGGACGCAGAGGCGAUCGUGGAGGACGCCAUGUCGCGGCUCCACUACACGGACCCAACCCUAUCUCCGGCCAUCAUCCGGAUGCUGCUCCACGACUGCUUCGUCCGCGGCUGCGACGCCUCCGUCAUGAUCGUGCCCACGCCGCCGCUCCACCACCCGGCGACCUCCUCCGAGCGCACCGCCGUCCCCAACCACACGCUCCGCGGCUUCACCGCCGUCGACGCCGUCAAGCGCGCGGUCGACGACGCGUGCCGCGGCGGUGGUGUCGACCUGCCCGCGCCGUUCGCGAAGCUCGCCGACGUUCUGGAUUACUUCGCCGCUAGGGGUUUCUCGGCCGAGGAGACCGUCGUGCUCUUCGGCGCACACACCGUCGGCGGCGCGCACUGCUCCUCGUUCCGGUACCGUCUCACCGGAGGACCUGGCGACGGUACCAUGGACGAGACGCUCCGCCGCGACAUGCUCGACGAGUGCGGCGCCGAGGAGCUGCCGCUGGAGACCGACCCGGCCGUGUUCUUCGACCCGGACUCGCCGUUCGCCGUCGACAACAACUUUUACAGGCAGCUGAUGAGCAACCGGACGCUGCUGCAGGUGGAUCAGGAGGCCGCCGUCAACCCCAGCACCGCGCCGCACGUCGCCUACUACGCCGCCAACCCCGACGCGUUCGUGCGGAGGUUCUCUGAGGUCAUGGCCAAGCUCAGCAACGUCGGCGUGCUCGAGGGCGACGCCGGUGAGGUCAGGAAGCUCUGCUCAAGGUACAACGACACUUAA